CCGGUGCAUCUUCCCCGGGAAACCGCUCGGCUCGCGCUCACUUCAGUGGGGACGCCGCUCGCUGCACGCACCGUGUGCGAAAGAUGGCCUCGCCAAGGACAGUUACCAUCGUGGCCCUCUCUUUCGCGCUGGGCUUAUUCUUCGUGUUCAUGGGAACCAUCAAGCUCACUCCGCGGCUAAGCAAAGAUGCGUACAGCGAGAUGAAAAGGGCCUACAAGAGCUAUGCCAAGGCUUUGCCGGGCCUGAAAAAGAUUGGCAUCAGCUCGGUCCUGCUUCGCAAGAUCAUCGGCUCUCUGGAGGUGGGCUGCGGCGUGGUCCUCACCCUCGUGCCGGGCAGGCCCAAAGACGUGGCCAACUUCCUGCUGCUGCUGGUCAUGCUCGCCGUGCUGUUCUUCCACCAGCUCGUCGGAGACCCCCUGAAACGCUACGCCCACGCUCUGGUCUUCGGUAUCCUGCUCACCUGCCGACUGCUCAUCGCCCGCCAGAGCGACGAGCGGCCGGAGAGGGAGGACAGCAGAGAAGAGCAACACGUUAAUGACCAGGAAAAGAACAAGGUCAAGCAGUCUUAAAAUCCUCUUUUGGGGUCCGAGCCACAGCGAAGGGAAGCUGGCGCGCCCCUAUGGAUUGUGGUAAAUCAAAUUUUGAAGGAAUCAAGUCACUUCCAGUAAAAGCCCACCUUCCCUCCACACACACACACACACACACACAUACAUCUCUCCUGUCCCAUCCAGCUAGCCGACUGAUUACUCUCACCUGCUCCGCUGCUCUCUCGCUGUGAAAUGGAGCGCUCCCGAUCCAUACGUCCUCUCCAUAACCAUGGACCAUCACACCAGAGGAAACUCUCGUGGGCUCUGCUCACAAAUCCAUUUUCCCUAUUUAUUCUAGUCCUAGGCUGUGUUGAAUGUGUUUUUGUUUUUUAAGUAAGAAUAUAAUUUAUGCUACAAGUUUUUUUUGGGAUGCUGUUUGUCUCGGAAGAACCUUCGAGCUUGUUUUUUUUUUUCUAAUUUGUUUUUAUACUGUAAGUAGGAGAGACUCUGGAUUUGUGAAAUUCAAUAAAUUGUGCAUGUUCCAUUUGGUCAAGAGUGAAUGAACACUUUUGAAACAAUUUUGUACUAAUUAUACAUCCACUAGUAUAACAUAUCCGCGUCUUUAUUUGUGUGCAGUGUUACCAGAAGAUUAUUUUAGAACAAAAAAAAAUAUGGAUCCUCUUUUCUUUUUUUUUUUUUUUUCUUGAUUCCAGCAGGCCUGCAUUUUUGUAGCGGUGCGCAUGAAAUCCUUUCUCCUGCAGUAAAUGAGCUGCAUCCCUUUUUCUCCUUUCAGUUCAGUUAUCACAGUGAAGACGUUUAGCUGGAAAGUACAGCAGUCGCUACCUCGGAUGACAGCUGCAAGGUUGUACAGCAGAACAACCAAGUUUUUUUGCCGGUUUAAAAAUUGAAUUCUACCUUUUUUUGUAAUUCACAGCGGAAGUCUUAAAUGUAUCAACGAUUUGGCCGAGCACUUUGGAUUUAGUUCUCUGUAAGGAUCUGAUAAAGUAUUCCCUUUACUGAUGUGCUUAUGCGAUGAUUUCUAAAUUCAAAAUCAUGUCAGUUAGUUUGAAGAUUCACAACAUUUCUGUAAGCAAAAUACUUAAAAUAAAGAUUGGAAGUUA